UGUGGAUUCCGUUUUGACCCAAAACCCGCCAAGCCAACACUCAACAGCAGUCAACACGUCACGCAAUCCACGCAUUAAUUCUGUUGGUUUCAAUUUCAACAUUCCAUUUUCCUUCUCAUUUUCCCGGAAAAUCAAAUUCCAAACAUUAACCAACCAAAUUCGAAAUUCUUAAUUCUUUCGAUCUUCAAUAAUAAAAACAAUAAUAUAGGAAUCCCGAUGGACGUCUAUCUAAUCGCCGAUACAUUGACAAUAGCUACACAACAAACCCUAGGGUCUGCAAACUCGCUUCUUCUCCAUCGCCAAAAUUGCAUCAGCCUCGCAGAUCAAUCCUCCCAAAUCUGCGCCGUCGUCGUUGAUGCCUUGGCUCCGCCGCCUGUCAAGUCCAAAACCUCACGCCGCACUCUCCUCCGAAAGCGGCGGAGGACCAGGCGGAGAUCGCAAACUGACGGAGACUCCGGUGGUUUCGGAGAGGAGUAUGGGUUUUUUUGCGGUGGUGAUGGUCUUCUUGGUGGCGGCGGGGGCGGGGGCGGGGGCGGUUUUGGUGGUGGGGGGAGGGGGUGGAAUUUUGAUAAAUUCGGAGGGCACGAUUGGGAUGAACCUUCUUGGUGGUUUUCUUCGCGGUCUUCGGGUUUCGCUUAUGGGUUUGUUUAUGAGGUGAUAUAUUGGAUUGCGCUGUCGAAUUGCGUGCAUUUUGCCUUUAAGAAGGUUGUUAGGAUCGUGGCUGAUGGAAUUGGUGAUACCGAGAGAGGGAAAGCGGUGCCUAUGAGAUUGGCUACCGUGUGCUAAUUCGGAAUGUUAUGGAGUAUUAGUUAGAGAACUGGGAGUUCAUGAUUGUGUAGUGGGUAUUUAGAGAGUUCUCUAUGGUUAUAUAUUUCACAUCUUCUUGUUUUUGAUAGCCUUUGUGGCUAUUUUCUUUUCCACAGUGUAAUGUAAUGUAGAAGAUGUUUUUGAUAGCCUUUGUGGCUAUUUUCUUUUCCACAGUGUAAUGUAAUGUAGAAGAUGUUUUUGAUAGCCUUUGUGGCUAUUUUCUUUUCCACAGUGUAAUGUAAUGUAGAAGAUGUUUUUGAUAGCCUUUGUGGCUAUUUUCUUUUCCACAGUGUAA